CGGGAUUUCGACGAUCUGGGAAAAAACUUAGUUGUCAUUUCUAUUCUAACCUAAAGAUGUAAAUUGUAAAAUUUGCAAAUGUUUUGAAAUGUAAAAAUGUUCAAAACAAAGUAGAUAAUUGUCCAAACUGUGAAAAACUAAUUUUGUGAUUAUUUCCGACAUGUCUAUGUUAAAUCUCUGUUCCAAUAAUUAAAUUUUAAGAAUAAUGUAUAUGUAAGGUAGGGACGCAAAAAAUUAAACAAUUGUAGGAUUUUUAAACCACAUCAAAAUGCCCAUAAAUCAGUGGAAAUUCCUUAUCGUUUUGAAAGACUCGCUUUCAAAGCUAACAAACGACAAGAAUUUGCAAAAUGUGUUCGGCAAAGACGCAUUCCAAGUCAUUCAAAAAAUUCCACUAGACCUCAACAAUACCAUUACUAAAUACAUCGGCCGCAUUAGCAAUUUUAACCGACUUGCGAGAUACGAUCCGGAAACUUCUGGUACCUUACCAACAAUUUUUGCAUCUAAACUGGCUGUUGAUAUAAAAACAGGCCCCAAAUGGAAAAACAAGGGCCGGGUGUCAAAGUGUAGCAUAUCUUCGCAAACUCAGCACGUCAUACAAUCGUUAGAAUCAGCCGAAAACGAGGACGCUUUACUUAGCAGAAUUGAGGCGUUUAUUUCACACCUGCAGCAAUUUCCAGAAGGCCGAAACAGUGCAAUUCGAGCAGGUGCGGUUCGAAUUUUAUUGCGAAUUCGCCAAAACGUCCCAAAUGGCAGCAUUCAGGGUGCAGUCAGAGAGGCAUUGGCAAUUUUGGGGCACUCGGACCCCGUCCGAGCCAACGGAAUUCGCAUUUUGUCAAUGGAUGGUGGGGGAAUCCGCGGGUUGUUGAUUUUAGAAAUGUUGAAAAAACUGGAAGAACUGACAGGGAAACACGUUCACGAAUUGUUCGACUUGAUUUGUGGUGUCAGCACUGGCGCUAUUCUAGCAUUCAUUUUGGGUAUACAUCGGAAACAUGUGGACGAAGUCGCUACGGGUUAUAAGGACAUCAGUCUGGAGGUUUUUAAGCAGUCGCCCCUUUGGGGCACCAGUAAUUUGGUGUGGAGUCAAGCGUACUAUGACACGUCUCUAUGGGAGAAAAAACUGCGUGAGCACUUGGGCAGUGAUAGUCUAAUUAGGACGGCGCGUGAUCGUGAUUGUCCCAAAUUGUGUGCGAUCUCAGCGGUUGUCAAUCAGUCUCGACUAUCGGCUUACGUUUUUCGUAAUUAUUCUCUUCCAUGGAGGGUGAAGUCACAGUAUUUUGGGGGAAGUCACCAUGAAGUCUGGCAAGCAGCUAGAGCAUCAGCUGCAGCACCGACUUACUUUGAAGAGUUCAAAUUGGGUAGUUUUCUGCACCAGGAUGGGGGAAUUCUGGUCAACAAUCCGACUGCGGUGGCCUUGCAUGAGGCAAAAUUAAUUUGGCCUGAGACUCCAGUACAAUGUGUGGUUUCGUUUGGGACCGGGAGAACGGUUCCUUCACCUGCCGAUUUUCAAAAAGAGUGUGACGAUAAAACUAGCAGUACCUCAUGGGCUAGUAAAUUUUAUCGAAUUCUUGAUAGUGCGACUGAUACUGAAGGUGUCCAUAUCAUGUUAAGUGAUUUGUUGCCACCAAAUGUGUAUUAUCGGUUUAAUCCAUACUUGACUGAAAUGAUCAGUAUGGUGGAAAUUAAUCCUCAGAAGUUAGAGCAGUUGCAAAGAGAUGCGAUUAUGUAUUUGAGGAGGAACGAAGAUAAGUUUCAAGAGGCUGCAAAAGUGCUAAUGGAGGAGAAAACAUAUCUGCAAAAAUGCAAAGAUAUGGUUCAUUUCAAGAGAGAAUUGUACGGGUUUUAAUACAUGACAUUGACUUGUAAUUUUAUUUAUUUGAGACUUUUGACCAAAGUAAUUUUUUUAGUAAUUUAUUCAAUCAACCAAGGUGAUAUUUAACGUUUAGAUAUUAAAGAGAUUAUUUCCAUAUUUCCACCGAUUCUAUAUUUGUGUUAUAACUAGUAGUUGUAUUUUGUCUGUAGGUGUUUCGUUGUUAAUAAAAUAUUAGCAAUAAAA